AUGUCUGAAUCUGAUGCACAGUGUGCCCUCAAUGUGGACGGCUCUCUUAAGGAUGCCAAGGAUAUGGUCUUUUACAACGAUCCUGACGAUACUGUCCCACUUAGCGCUCCCUCCUCUGCCCAGCCAGCCUCAUCUACUAGUACUACUCCCACAGGCUUAGACACCUUCUCUGUGCUACUGCAGACUGGGCGCAAACCGGCGCCACUUACUGCAGGUUCUCGAUGCUCUAUUUGCACCUCCAAACCUUCUGCUUGCCUCUGUGAUGCCGACAAUGCUUGUUCUUCAACAAGCCGCAAGUGCGCGUUAUCUAGUGCAACUGAGCAGCUAGUUAGGAAAAAGGUUGUGUUACAGCUCUCAGCUCCAUUAUCUGACAAUGAAUUGGCUGGUGCCGACACGGAUAUUGAUACUGAUCUUGGUGCUCCUGGUGCUGGUCAAUCAGAUGAGGCCGAAGAUGAAGAUGCACCAGAUAAACCUGAGGACAAACCUGAAGAUCUUCUAGACACCACUCUCCGAGCCGCAUUGUCAAAGACUGAGCGUACCGCUGAUGUUCGCACCAUCUUCACUUGCGACAGCAAACAUUGGGUAUACAAACCUUGCAACAAAUACAACCUUUCACAGAGGUAUCUCUACACUACGCACGCACAUUUGUCGCUUCACUCGCUACAGUACCCUACACUUGCAUGCAUCGCACAAGACUAUCUACCUAUUCAAGGCAGCUCCGUUCUCUCCGAGCAGGCAUUCUCAAGUGGAGGAAUCACUUCCACUGUGUUGAAGGGAGCAUAUAGGAAUGGGCACCUUUCUGCAGCAGUAGAGGCUGAGGGACAUGCAGCUUUGUUGGACAUGUAG